AUGGCUGAACUACAUAAUGGGCAGCGUCGCCUGGCGGGACCAGGCGAACGCGCGUGCGGGGCGCCGAGCAGGCGAAGGGCGCUAAACCCGGGUCCCACCGUGCCCCCGCAUACCCACACUGCCCUCGGCUCGCCCUCCCCGGCCGCGGGGACCCCCGGCUGCCAGCCCCGUCAGUCGCCCACCCCCACGAGCCGCCAGCCGCCUUACCCGCCCGGCGGGGCCACGGCCGCCGCUCCUCACAGCGCACAGCGUUCGAGCCGGAACGCGGAGACACGCCGGCGCCGAUUGGCGACGCUCCGUCACGUGACCGCAACGCUCCGCCGGCGCCAAUUUCAAACAGCGGAACAAACUGAAAGCUCCGGUGCCGGACCCCACCCCCGGCCCCGGCCCGGGACCCCCUCCCCUCCCGGGCUCCCCCGGGGCUCCCACCCCUCCCGCACCGCCGGGGACCCGGCCGGCCUGGCGCGAGUCCGUGUCCGGGCCCUGGCCCGGCCCCAGGUUGGAGAAGCCACAGGCGGCGGCGCUGGGAUCUGGAGGGUCCAUUCUUGUGAUUCUCAUGGAGAGGUGAAAGCACAGAUUCAUAAUGAAAACCAGCCCCGGCGGCCACUGAUUCUCAAAAGACGAAGGCUGCCCCUUCCUGUUCAAGAUGCCCCACGUGAAACACCAGAGGCACCUAAGAGACCUCCUGCCCAAGAGAAGCCUAGUCAAGCACAGGCCUCCAAAGAGGUGCAGAGCCACUCUUGCAAGUUUCCAACUGGGAUCAAGAUUAUUAAUCACCCUACCAUGCCCAACACACAAGUGGUGGCCAUCCCCAACAAUGCUGAUAUCCAAAGCAUCAUCACAGCGUUGACCGCCAAAGGAAAGGAGAGUGGCAGCAGUGGGCCCAACAAAUUCAUCCUUAUCAGCUGUGGAGGAGCCUCAACUCAUCCUUUAGGACCCCAGCUUCAGUCCCAGACCAGCAAUGUCCAGAGGACAGAAGUAAUUACAGAGACUUUGGGACCAAAGCCUGCAACUAGGGAUGCAAAUGUUCUCAGACCACCUGGACCCACUGUGGGGCAGAGACUGGAGAGCUGUGCUGGUGGUGAGACAGCAGGCUGCACUCUGGACAACAGCUUAACCAACAUCCAGUGGCUUGGAAAGAUGAGUUCUGAUGGACUGGGCUCCUGUAGCAUCAAGCAAGAGAUGGAGGAAAAAGAGAAUUGUCACCUGGAGCAGCGUCAGGUUAAGAUGGAGGAGCCCUCAGGAACAUCAACAUCCUGGCGAUCUGUGUCUCAGCGGCCACCGUACUCUUACAUGGCCAUGAUACAAUUCGCCAUCAACAGCACUGAGAGGAAGCGCAUGACCUUGAGAAUCUAUACGUGGAUCGAGGACCACUUCCCCUAUUUUAAGCACAUUGCCAAGCCAGGCUGGAAGAAUUCUAUUCGCCACAAUCUUUCCCUCCAUGACAUGUUUGUUCGGGAGACAUCUGCCAAUGGCAAGGUCUCCUUUUGGACCAUUCACCCCAGUGCCAAUCGCUACUUGACAUUGGACCAGGUGUUUAAGCCACUGGACCCAGGGUCUCCACAAUCGCCCGAGCACUUGGAAUCACAGCAGAAGCGACCCAAUCCUGAGCUCCGCCGGAAUGUAACCAUCAAAACUGAACUCCCACUGGGUGCACGGCGGAAGAUGAAGCCUCUACUACCACGGGUCAGCUCAUAUCUGGUGCCCAUCCAGUUCCCAGUGAACCAGUCACUGGUGCUGCAGCCCUCAGUGAAGGUGCCAUUGCCCCUGGCAGCUUCACUCAUGAGCUCAGAACUUGCCCGUCAUAGCAAACGAGUCCGCAUUGCCCCCAAGCUGCUACUAGCUGAUGAGGGCAUAGCCCCUCUUCCCACUGCGGGACCAGUGAAGGAGGAGAAACCCCUGCUUGCAGAAGGGCUGUUGCCUUUGCUUCCAGUUCAGUCCAUCAAGGAGGAGGAAAUCCAACCUACAGAGGACAUGCCACAUUUAGCAAGACCCAUUAAAGUGGAGAGCCCUCCCUUGGAAGAGUGGCCCUCCCCAUGCCCAUCAUUCAAAGAGGAACUGUCUCACUCCUGGGAGGAUUCUUCCUGCUCUCCCACCCCAAGGCCCAAGAAGUCCUACAGUGGGCAGUCCCCAGCCCGAUGUGUCUCAGAAAUGCUCGUGAUUAAACGAAGGGAGAAAAGAGAGAUGAGCCGGUCUCGAAGGAAACAGCACCUGCAGCCUCCCUGUCUGGAUGAGCCCGAGCUGGUCUUCUCAGAGGGCCCCAGCACAUCCCAACGAGCUACUGAGGCCCCUCUCCUGACAGACCCUGUCUCCCACCUUGGUUGUCUCCAGCAGGAAGGAGGACCUUUCAAGACCCCCAUUAAGGAGACUCUGCCCAUCUCCUCUACCCCAAGCAAAUCUAUCCUCCCCAGAACCCCUGAAUCCUGGAGGCUCACACCCCCAGCCAAAGCAGAAGGUCUUGAUUUCAGCCCAGUACGAACCCCCCAGGGCGCCUUCGGCUCCCUGCCUGACUCCCUGGGGCUGAUGGAUCUGAGCACCACACCACUGAAAAGCAUUCCCCUCUUUGACUCACCCCCGAGAGCUCCUCAUUCAGAACCCUUUGACCUUGCCUCUGACCCCUUUAACAGCUCUUCCCCCUCUGAUCCAGAAAUUCCCAAGCGUUCCCCAGAGCUACAGGUUCCCAGCCUUUCAGACCGUUCUCUGACUGAAGGUCUGGUUCUGGAUACAAUGAAUGACAGCCUAAGCAAGAUCCUGCUGGAUAUCAGCUUUCCUGGCCUGGAGGAGGACCCACUGGGCCCUGACAACAUCAACUGGUCUCAGUUCAUUCCUGAACUAACGGUAGAGACUGGACUUGACCUUGCCUUACUGUUCAAGCUGUUCACUAUUCCAGGCAUUCAUGUGGCUGGGCAGUCCCAAGGCUCAGUGUACCCCAAGCCCUCUGAGGACAGCAGGCAGGGACCAUGCUGCUCCUCAUAGCUCCCCCAGCCUGAUUAUGCAAGGCAGUAGUCACACCUUAACUGCUGCUGGGUCCUUUGCAAGCAGUAGGGUAACUGGUCUUUGUGCCACCUUAUGCUCCUUGAGAGAAUCUGAUUCCUCUACUCUCCCUACAAGGACCUGAAGGGUGGGAAUGACAAAAGCAAUGGUGAUAAGGAGUUAGGACUUCCCCAAACUGUUUCUAUUCUGUGCCCAGGAGUCUCUCACCUUCCCUGCUCCUUGUAGGGUGGCCCUUGUAAAUAGUGUAAAUUCUCCAAAUUAUCCUCUAAUUAUAAAUGUAAGCUUAUUACCUUAGAUCAUUAUCUAGAGACUGCCAGAAGGUGGGCACGGUGACAAGGGGUUGCUGUUGCCUCUGUUCCUUGCUUUUGGUUCCUGGAGAAGGGCAGGACUGCAGUGCGGGUUUCUUCCUGACCCAAGGUACCUAGCUCUGGGGUUCUUCACUGUAGGCACCCAGUCUGCUUGCCAGGGUCCCUCUUAUUGCUCCUUUCCACCUCCCCACUUUUCCAGGUCAGCUUUCUUGCAAGAAAUCCCAGUUACAAAGGUCUCAUAUCUGGUCAAGAGUUGAAUUUUGGGGUGGGUGGAUAGAUGUGUCUAAAGCAAAGAGAAUGUGCCAGAUGUGCCCCAUUAGAUAUUUCUCUGAUAAUGUCCCUAAUCAUGCCAGGGAGACUAGCAUUGAUGAGAACUCAGGCGGAGGCUUAAGAAGGUAGAAAGGACCCCUGACCUGCCUGGCUUCCUUAGCUUGCACCUCAGCUUUGCAGAGAGCCACCCUGGGCCCCAGCUGACUGCAUGUACAUGAGCCAGCUCAAUAACACUACUGUAACUACCUACCAAAUAAAAUCCAGGGUGGAGCUGCUGGUCUCUGUGGUCUCAGUAUCUGGAAGGGUUGGAAAAGAAAGGGGGUGAUGAUGGAUGCAGUGGUAAUGGGGAGAAGCAAGGCCUGCAGUUCUCUGGGAGUGCUGGGAGAAUGCAUGGGGCUUUUGCAGAAUCCCCUCCCUGCCACACUCUGCUGGAGCAUAUAUCCUUUCUGACACAGAGAUUGCCAAUUUUCCUUCUUCCCUGUCAUCUUAGACCUUGUUCUUUGGGCCUCUGUGCCUACUGGCUAACUUAGGGUUUUGUCAGCUCUCAGUAAGAAUGGCAGGCACCCCUCCCCAGAGCAUUAGGUUAAAAUGGACCCUACUGCUAGUGCCUUCUUAACACCUUAUCCUGACCUGAGACCUGAAACUUCCUAGCAAGUCCCUUCCAGAAACCGUUCCUGUCACCGUUUUUUGCAGCCAGAACUGUCAAGAGAGUCCUUCCCGCUCACUGCCUAUCUCACCUGAAAGGGAGGCAGGGGCCCCAGGGAC